CAGGGUAGGGCGGAAGUGCGGGGUGGGAGACUGUCUCUGCGCCGGGCUCUCUCCGCAUAUUGCUCCCCAUGGCUCAGCUGCUGCUGUUGCCGGCGCUCCUGCUGCUGCUCUGCGGCUCCGUGCGGCCCAUCUCCUUCCAGCUGCCACCCAACAGCCGCAAGUGUCUGCGGGAGGAGAUCCACAAAGACGUGCUGGUGACCGGCGAGUAUGAGGUCUCCGAGGCUCACGGGCAGGGCCAGGUCCGCUUGAAGAUCACCGACUCGGCUGGCCACAUCCUCUACUCCAAGGAAGAUGCAUCUAAGGGGAAAUUCGCCUUUACCACGGAGGAGUACGACAUGUUUGAAGUUUGCUUUGAAAGCAAGCAUCCCGCAGGUGCUGGCCGUGUGCCGGACCAGAUGGUGGUUCUAAACAUGAAACAUGGCGUGGAGGCCAAGAAUUACGAGGAGAUCGCUAAAGUGGAGAAGUUGAAGCCGCUGGAAGUGGAACUGCGUCGUCUGGAAGAUCUGUCCGAAUCAAUAGUCAACGACUUUGCCUACAUGAAGAAGAGGGAAGAGGAAAUGAGAGAUACAAAUGAGUCCACCAAUGUGCGUGUGCUGUACUUCAGUAUAUUCUCCAUGUGUUGCCUGAUGGGACUGGCCACGUGGCAAGUCUUCUAUCUCCGACGCUUUUUCAAGGCAAAGAAACUGAUUGAAUGAACUCAUGACUUCAGUCAUCCUUACAGCGCCCCGUCCCUCCAUCCCCCUGGGUGUCACUGUCCGCCGCAGAACGGCCUGCAGAUUUGUAGCGAAUGCCUCUCACCCCUUUAUCUCCAGUCUCAUGUCCGUUCUGAUGCACUACGACUCUUACAGGGUGUCGCGUCAUGGGGCCAGGUCAGAUCGGCCCGUUACAUGCGGCAUUGCUGUUGAUGCCCCUCCUCCGCGGUGUGCGAUGUUCUGCAGAUCCUCUGCUUGUUCUGCUGUAAAUUUUGGAUACAUAUUUUUCAAAUUAAAGAAGAAACGUGGGUGAAAA